AUGGAGGACGAUUGGAAGUACGAAAUGCCAUCCAACACUGGCAGUCACAUCCAGACUGUGAAGAACAGCUUGCCCGAGGCAUCCUGGGUCAACUUCUUUGCGAUCUUGGCGUUUUUCUGCAUCGCGACUCGCAUCAUCAGUGGGGUUCGGGGCCGACAGCGUGUUCAAGAUCCUGCGGAACCUCGAAGUACGCGAUUGGCGCCGUAUUGGUUCCCCUGGUUUGGUAAUAGCCCUUUCUUCGCAUGGAAUCAUGCCAGUCUAUUCGAGUCAUUAAGGGACUCGAUGGAUGAGUCUGUAUUUGGCAUCUAUAUGCGUGGCGAGACUCACAAUACCGUGAUUUCACCAUCAAUGACCAAAUCCAUCUUGUCUUCUCAUAAUGCAACGAGUACCCUCGCGCUCGACCAGGCUUUGCAAAACGUCUUUGGCAAUCGCAGUUUACUUCAGACUUUGCAACAGACUUCCAACAGUGAAAUCAGUGACGAUGUUCCUGGUAUGCUCAACAAAGAAUCUUUUGUGAACGAUGCAUCAACCGCUAUCACUAGUCUAAUUAAACGCAACAUUCCAAACCUGGUCACCUUCAGCAAAAGUCUUGUCGACCAAACCCCAUGGGAGCGUGACAGUCUAGUGUCGCUAGACGAAGAGAACCAGUCUCUGUGCGAGGCGAACCUAUUUGCCCUUGUACGAAACUUUGUGGGCCACAACAUGUCCACAUUCUUGAUGGGUGAGGCCUUCCUCGAGAACUUCCCGAUGGUAAUCGAGGAUUUGUGGAAAUUGGAUACUAGCUUCGUUACGCUGUUUGUUGGAACUUCCCGCGCUUUUCCUUCUCCGCGUGUCUCUGGGGGAUAUUCCACCCGUGAUAAACUCAUCCACAUCACAUCAGUGUUCCACCGCGCAUUCUGUGCAGUCGAUGAUGGAAUUGAUCCCGGGCUCGAGCUUCGCGACCUUGACGAUGUCUCUGAGCUCGUAAAGGAAAGAAUGCGCACAUUCCGAAAGCUCGACCUGACCGCGAAUGCGAGCGCCGCCGGCCACUUGUCCUUGUACUGGGACAUCCUUGAACACAUAAGCAAGAUCACUUUUUGGACUGUUCUUCACAUCUUCGCAGACAGUGCGCUUCUGGAGGAGAUUCGAAAGGAGUUUUCCCCAUGCGUGAAAUCAUCCCGGCCGACCCGGGAAGAGACAGGAUUCCCAUUCGACGAACCCCCGCGUCUCAGCCUCGAUCUCGAAAAGGUCCUAGACUCAUGUCCAUUGUUCAAAGCAUGCUACCUCGAGACUAUCCGCCUCCACUCUGUUGGCGUAUCUUUCAGAAAGUUGGAAUCAGAUUUGACCUUGACUGAGUCAGCGAACGAUGCAACGGAGCCUCGCAGCUACAAGAUGCGAAAGGGCGAGAAUGUUAUCAUGCCCCAUGUGGCCUACCAGACCGAUCCUCGGCGCUUCUCGAACCCAGACCAGUAUGAUCCGCUUCGAUUCAUUGUGACAGACCCCGCAUCCGGGGGAAAGAAGGUCGACGCAAAUAUUCUCGGCCCCAUUGCGGAGGGGCUGUAUGGUGCCAAGGAUAACAAAUUUUAUGAGGGCACCAUUCUGGCUUUUACUGCGGGUAUAGUAUCAAUGUGGAAUAUCACGUCGACGGAUGGCAAGGAUCUUAAAAUUCCAAAGAACUGGCCGACCUGGGGGUCUUCUCAGCCGGCGAGAGAUAUCAGGGUAAACUUGAAGCCGACUGUUUAG